AUGGCGUUCUGGGGACAUUAUUGUCCGGAGGGUUCUCCUUUGGCUCUGCCCUGUCCCACAGGAGAGUACCAGCCAAAUCCUGGUUCAGGUAACUGCAUACCCUGUCGCCCUGGCUUCUACUGUGAAGAGGCUAUUGUGGGCGACCCAUGGCCCUGUCCACCACACUCAUUCUGUCCAGCAGGAACUAUGGUUCCCCAGCCCUGCCCUAAUGGGACCUAUACAUAUUCAAACCAAACUGGUCUCCAAGAGGAACAGGAGUGUUUACCCUGCCCCCCAGGGAAGUUCUGCAGAGCUGGUAGAAUUCAAGGUGUGUGUGCGGCUGGUUAUCUUUGUCUUUCUGGAAGUGCAGAAUUUACACCUCAAGAUUCCAACUUAACCCAGUGUCAGUGGGGUAUUCAGUGUGCAGCUGCAUGUCCACCUGGUUAUUACUGUCCAGAAGGCACAGAUGAAGCUAAAUCUUGUCCUGAUAACACCAUCCGGAGCACUGCAGGGGGUGCUAGCAAACACGACUGCUUACCAUGCCCACCUCAGUAUUGGUGUAAAUCUGGAGACCCUGUUCUUCACCCCUGUCCUGCCGGUCAUUACUGCGAUGGCUUACCUGGGAGCGACUUUAAAGGAGGAACAGGGCCCAGGCCUUGUCCUCGCUACACCUAUCGAACCUCUCCUGGAGCAGGCAGCAAGGGUGACUGCCUUCCCUGCCCUGCUGGUUCACACUGCAACAGCACAGGGCUUACUGAUUUCGCCACAAAACUCUGCCCACCUGGUUACUGGUGCAGUGGGUAUGGAGCCCCUAUCUUGUGCCCAGCAGGAACCAAAAGAUCCACUCCUGGAGCUGCUGCGCCUGGCCAAUGUGAACUUUGUGCAGGGGGCACUUUUUGCCCAGAUCCUCGCACAACAGGACACCCCAAUGUGGAAGGCAUUCCCUGCAGAGCUGGUUACCAGUGCCCCUCGGGUGCGGUAGCGGAAAAGCUCUGUCGAGCCGGAUCAUACUGUGAAGCUCAGACUGCUGAGCCACAACUCUGCCCUCCUGGUUAUUUCUGCCCGGUGGGAUCUCAUUCAUAUAACACCCCCAAACAACUCUGUUUAUUUCCUUACUACUGCCCCGCCAACAGCACGGCUCUUACAUCAUGUGAGGGGGGUUCCAAACCUGUCAACACCAGUGGGCUGAGAGGUUCUCAAAGCAACUGCUGCACUCUGUGUACAGGGGGAACCUACCGUCCGUAUCUCUCCAGCAGUCUGGUCUGCCUGCUAUGCCCGCCAGGUUACUUCUGUCCACAAGGAACUGAGAGCUACAAGACCCACCCUUGCCCCAGUGGAUAUGUGUGUCCUGUGGGGUCAUCUCAGCCAAAAGCCUGCCCUCCCGGCUCCUUUGGUAAACUCGCACAUGCUAUGAAAAAUAGUGACUGUCAUCCCUGUCCAGCUGGCACCUUCAACCACCUGGAAGGACAGAAGGCCUGCUUUCCCUGUGGCAGUUCAUCCACCUCAUCACCAGGGUCUUUCCUGUGUACAUGUAUUGGGAAGAACCGGGCCUUCCAGCCUUCUGAUGGUUCCUGUUUGUGCAGAACAGGAUUUGUUUAUUACGAUGAGCAGGAUCUCAAGAGUUCAUCGUCUGACAGUGUUUUUGAUUGUCAGCCUGAGGUAAACAGACGAUGUGCAAAAGGUGAAGUACGCAUAGCAGCAUCGAGAGCAUGUGUAUCUCCUGCUCUUCACUCCUGUAAUAAAACCUGUGGGCCACAUGGAGGAACUCUGGAUGUUGAGAUGGGCAUCUGUCAGUGUGAGCGAUACGUGUCUGCUGAAGAGCUGUGCAACACAUCCUGUCUCUCACGUCUGCCUCAUCUCUCCGCUCAGCUCUCAUCAGAUGGACAACUCCUGCUCAGCCUCAAAGAGAGAAAAGGCUCGAUCUGGGCCAGGUCUGUUACAGAUAUUUUAGGACCUGAUAUCCAUGCAAACAAUAUUGGAAAAAUUCAUUUAGUAGAGUUUAGCUCUGAGGGACUGUUUGGAUGGAUUCCUAAAGAAAUUGAACUUAUUCAACAUUUCCUCACAGGACCUAUGGACGUUUUAAACAUUCACCACAGAAACAGAAGAGAUACUAGAGGAGAAAACAAAAGUGAUUGGGCAGUACUUCCUCGUAUUCAUAACCCCAUUGCUUGUAUUUCGUCUGGUGACAUGUUGCUUUUCCAGCUCACCAUCAACCACAGUGAUCGCCAUCAAAGCCAUUUCCCAGUAUAUCAGAAAGACCACCUGUUUAACAGCAACCCCAGCUGGGACUUUGGUGCCUUCAGACAACUGCAGAUACUCAUGAGACAGACAAACGUUAAUUCCAAAAGAUUUGCACAUGUCUUUUCUGAACCUGGAAAGUAUGUUUUUGUGGACAAUGCUGUCCCAGAGUGGACACUGGUCGUGGUGGUCACUGACCAAGGAACAGAGUGUAAUCUACGAGCUGCAGUUUUUCAGCCAAUGACUCCAGCUCAGUUGGUCAAGUUUGGGAUUGUCAAACGGCACCAGCUCAACCUGUUACCCGACUGGGAACUUAUCACUGGGUUCCUGAGUGUAUUUCUUGCGCUGGUUGUGGUUCUUACCUCUACAGUGCUAGUUUUGCGCCCUGGGAAGUCAAAGCUCAUUGCACAUUGGAAGAACAGGCCAAAGUGGAGGAAUGUUGGAGAACCUUUUUGUCCUAUUGAGUGCAAUUGUACUAAAGACAGCCCAGUUACUCCAAGCCUGGCUUUAGUUUUAGGUAGUCGAGGAGUGGGAGAAGGGGCUGAGGCUGAGGAGCCUGCUAUUUCAAAAGGAAGUGUUUCAGGUCGCUGUGAUCUUGAGGAGUUCAAUGUAAAGACAUUGUAUGACAAACUCGAAGAUCAGAACCUCCACAUCGCGUCACAGCUGGCCCGACACCGUAAAGACGCACAGGAGUUCUACAGAAACAUGUGCCAACAAGCAGACACACUCAUUAACAUUUUAGAGAGCAUGGAUAAUAAAAAGCUCCUGCUUCUAAAAGAAUUAUUGAUUUGCAAUGCUGCAAAAGAUAAAGCAAAGAAUAGCAGAGCAGAAGAAAGAGACACUCAAGAUGAGGCAUUUGCAGUAUUACUUGGAGCUGUCCUCAGGUCUGUUGAAGCUCUCUUAUGCAGAAUGACCAUUGGAGAGGCAUGGCACCAUCAGUAUGUAGUCCCUCAAGAUGACGGAGUGUGUGAGCCUCAGCAUAGUGAAGCCAACGUCUGCUAUACACAGUUUUCAUCAGAACAACUGGCCAAAGACAGAUCUUUAAGUGAACCAGUCCCUAGUUUGAGUGACCAUGACUUGUCCAAGUUGGUCAGCAUUACUCCUUUAUUCCAAACUCUUCAAGACAUUCAGCAGUCUUUACAGAAUCUCACUGUUGAAGGAAGCUGUCUACCAGACCUCAGCACAGAGACUGAUGAAACUGAAAUAGAAACUGGUUCAGAAAAUGGUGAGCUCAUUGCCACUGCACUGGAGAGCCUCUCACCUCAGCACUCAGCCAUCUACCUGUUUGGUUGCCAGGUGAUGCAACUGCUAUCAGCCUGCCCCUUGUUCCCCCCUGUGCUCCUUCUGCUGGCCAAGUCUGUCCCCACAUCUUUAAAUUCAGCCAAACCCAUGUCACACUGCACAAAGUAUUUUUAUUUUGAUGCAACAAAUCAAAUCUUAUACCUGUCAGAGAACAGGCUACAUCAUGUGGGAUAUUUCAUCUCUACUCUCCUCCAGUCCAUGGCCCACAUUGCUGCAGGGUCCAAACCACAGAUGUUUAUGAAAGUGCUCCAUGAAGCAAUUUCAGUUCUAAGCCUUCAACUGUUCAAGCUUUCUUUCCAAUGGAACGCCAGGUCAAAACUGGAUAUGUCCGAGGAGCAACAGGGCUCAUUACUUUCUGAGUUUCUCAACGUCAGGGUUCCUGCUGAAGCACACUUCACCGAGCAUCUAUUAGCUAGCAGACUUGAAAAAUACAGAUAUUUAAAAGUUGAGCAGCUCAUUUCAAAGCUCAAGCAGAGUUCAACUGAAGACAUGGACACAGUCAAAUGCGUAACAGCACAAGGGAGUCCUGUUCAGUUAUCCUGUAUAGAAGAAGAAAUUGACCGACUGAAUGAGUCCUUCAUACAACUGAGCAUGCAGUUACAAAACAGAGCACAAGUGAGGAGAGAUGCUGGAGAGAGCAGUACUGGAAGCUGCUCCAGGAGUGCGUCACCAUCAUCCGUCCCAAGCCUAAGUCGUAAUGGAACAAUCCUGGUGGAACUGAAGAGACGCUAUCUAUCCCAGCGCCUAAAUGAGCUCCAAAUCACAUUAGAGCACAUCAGACGCAGCCAGCAGCAUGACAGCAAUUCACAAGCUGGGACGAGGAGCCUUAUUCAAACAGACAGCAGCAGCACUCAUCCAGAGCAGAGCCAGGUCUCUCCUGGCAUGGGCCCUCACAAUGCUUCUCAUGCCCAGAGGCAGAACAGCACUGAAGCCAACCACAGCCACUGGCAGCCAGCAGCACAAGCAGCAGAAAGAACAGAUCAUGGUAUCUUCAAAUAUGAGAGUCACAUUACCAAACAGCAACUGGAUAACCAGACCUCAUACCCACAUACAUUACUGGAGGCUCAACAUUCUCAGAGUCAGCUCCAAGCUACAUAAACAGCCUGGCCCACUAUCUUCGCUUUUGUGAUUGUGAAUUAUUAUUGAGGGAAUGGGAGCUCUAAG